CAAUAUCUGAUGUAAUUUGUGCAUGUUUUCAUGUUUAGAUAUUCGCCACUUUUGGCUAUUUUAGUGCGACAUACAUUCAACGUACUCUCUAUGCAUUUGUGGGACAUUGUCAGAAAUUUCGACAAUCUAAUCGAGUAGUGAAGAGAAGCGAAUUGUGAAUUGCCCGUACUGUUCUCCAAAUUGAUUAUUAUCCGUGGGCAUCAACUCUCCAGUGGUGAGUUCUCUAGCUGAAUCCCAGAAUUCUUUCUGGUGAUGGAUUCUGCCCUGUGAUCAACCAGCCAGCCAUUUGGUUGCUUCUUUUUUCCUUCAAAUAUACUUAAACUACAAAUGUAUCUAGGUGUGAAAACAGAGGGAGACACAGACUAUCUGGUGAUGGAGAACUCUGUGUACGGCUUUGUGCGCCCUUGUGUCAUGGAUUUGAAAAUGGGUACAAAGACAUACGGAGAGGAUGCGACGCCUGAAAAGAUUGCACGCGAGGAAAAGAAAUAUCCGCCUCAGAAAACUCUUGGAUUCAGAUUCGUGGGCAUGAAGGUGUGGCAACCGGCCACAGAGUCCUACAGUAAAACGGAGCGUGAGUGGUGUAUGGCCAUCGACGAGACGACCGUGGGUGCGGGUCUGGAGCGGUUCUUCGAUAACGGCACAGAUGCACUACGGAAAGAUGUAGUCUCUGAUGUCCGUGAUCAAAUCGAGAAGAUCAAAUUGACGCUGGAAAACCAUCCUUUCAUGAGGCUCUAUGGAUCGUCGCUGCUCGUGGUGUAUGAGGGCGAUCCUUCAGCAUCAAAUAAGAAGCCUUUAGUUAAAAUGAUCGAUUUUGCCCAUCCAUUUCCGAUCAAUGAUGGAGGGGUGGAUACGGGGUACAUACUCGGGUGUAGUACCAUACUGACAGAACUGGAAAGGAUUACACAUUAAACAUAUUUUUAAGUUGCAA